AUGGGUACUAAGACUAGACCGGGAAAGACUAACAUAGCAGACGCGUUGUCAAGACUAAAUUCACAAACACAUCGUGAUAAAGGAGAGAAUGACGACUACGUACGUGUUGUCAUUGAUAACAGUGUACCGAUUGCGUUGACAGCCAGGGAAAUUGAAAAAGCGUCGAGUGAUGAUUCUGAACUAAACUCCGUCAGAGAAUGCGUCAGAACCGGAGACUGGAACAAUUGUAAUAUACAAUCGUAUCUACACGUGAAAAGUGAACUAGGUGUUUUCGGAGAAUUGUUACUACGUGGUACCAGAAUCGUAAUUCCGUAUUCUUUGAGGAGUCACGUUUUAGAAUUAGCACACGAGGGGCACCAAGGAAUUGUGAAAAUGAAAAAUAGAUUACGCACAAAAGUAUGGUGGCCGAAAAUGGAUAGAGACGCGGAACAAAUAUGUAAAACAUGUCACGGUUGCCAAGUUGUUGGCGAAUACUCACUUCCGGAGCCAAUGUCUCGCGUAAUACCGAGUGGACCAUGGCAAGACUGUAGCACUGAUUUAUUAGGUCCACUACCCUCCGGAGAGCAUAUACUCAUUGUCGUGGACUAUUACAGUCGUUAUUACGAGGUAGUCAUAUUAAAGUCAACUACAAGUACCAAAAUCAUUGAAGCUUUAACUCCAAUAUUCGCUCGAUUUGGAGUACCCCACACAUUAAGACUGACAAUGGAUCACAACUCGUACCUGAUGAGUUUGAAGCAUACCUGGACGAAAAUGGCAUCGAACAUAGAACCACAACACCACUAUGGCCACAAGCUAAUGGCGAGGUAG